UUCUCUUGAGUCUUGACCUUCUCCCUCACCCCAGAGCUCCCCUGCAUUCUCAGCUCCCGGGAGGCGGCAAACUCUCUUGAUCCUUCGGUAUUGAUAUAUACUGUACUUCAAAACUUUUCGGUUCUUGCCAUGGCUGCGCAAUCUUGGAACCCCUUCUCGUGCUGCGUCAGCGGCAGCAGAGUGGCGGACGACGACUACGACGCCUGCAAGCGGCGGAUCAGGCGGAGUGUGAAAGGCUGCCCGAGGUCGUCCUCGAGGAUGUCCUUCAAGAACCUCAGCUCGUCGGGAACGCUGUCGCCGGAGGACCUGUCCAUCACGCUGUCCGGCUCCAACCUGCACGCCUUCACCUACGCCGAGCUCCGCGAGGCCACGGGGAGCUUCUCGCGCGCCAACUACCUCGGCUGCGGCGGCUUCGGCCCGGUCUACAAGGGCGCCGUCGACGACAAGCUCCGCCCCGGGCUAGCCGCGCAGGCCGUCGCCGUCAAGUACCUCGACCUGGACUGCGGCACGCAGGGCCACAAGGAGUGGCUGGCUGAGGUUUUCUUCCUUGGGCAACUGAGGCACAAGAACCUGGUGAAAUUGAUCGGCUACUGCUACGAGGACGAGCACCGGAUGCUGGUCUACGAGUUCAUGAGCGGCGAGAGCCUGGAGAAGCACCUCUUCAAGAGCAUAAAUGGCUCUCUCCCGUGGAUGACAAGGAUGAAGAUCGCUCUCGGCGCGGCCAAGGGCCUUGCCUUUCUCCAUGACGCAGACCCACCUGUGAUCUACCGCGACUUCAAGGCCUCCAACAUCUUGCUCGACUUGGAUUACAACACCAAGUUGUCCGACUUCGGGUUGGCCCAAGAUGGGCCCCAGGGUGACGAGACACACGUGACAACACGUGUCAUGGGGACUCAUGGUUAUGCCGCGCCAGAAUACAUUAUGACGGGCCACUUGACCGCCAAGAGUGAUGUAUAUAGUUUUGGUGUAGUGCUCCUGGAGCUUCUCUCUGGGCUGCGAUCAGUGGAUCGUUCACGGCGGAUAAGGGAGCAGAACCUAGUGGAUUGGGCUAGACCAUACCUCAAGCACUCUAACAGAUUGUACAAAGUCAUGGACCCAGCUCUCGAGUGCCAAUACUCAUGCAAAGGCGCCGAGGUGGCAGCACUGGUGGCAUACACGUGUCUCAGCCAGAACCCAAAGUCUAGGCCCACCAUGAGGGAGGUGGUCAAGGCCCUCGAGCCCGUCCUCGGCAUGGAAGACUUCUAUCCUGUGGGCCCAUUUGUGUUCACACUCAUUGUGGAGGAGGACAAGGUGGUGGACAUGAAGGUGGAAGUUGAGGAGAAGCACCAGCACCGUUGCCAGAACCAUCAAGACAGGCACCGACAGAAGUACCCCGACUCAGCAAUCCAUGCUGGCAUUAUGCUCCGCACGCGCGAUGGGUUCAUUACCGGGUACACUAGUGUGCGGCGGCGGAAACAAAGGUUGUCGAGCUGCAACCGGGAGAGAGUCGCAAAAGACUAAGGUAGGGAAGUGAGUAGGACAAUAUGGUAUGCACAGAGUAUAGAGAUGUGAUAGAAUGUCACAUCAGCUUGUUUCAGAUAUGUGGAUUGUGUUUCUUUUCUUCUUUAUAGUUUUUGGGAAGACCUCAGGGGGCUUACGCCCAUCUUUCUUCUUGAUAGAGACAACGGGGGUUAGAUAAAUACAGGACGCAAAUUAGGUGACAAAAGUCCGGUUUUGACUUUCGCAAGGAUUAUUCAAGAUAUUGUGAAU